UACACCUGUCUCCUUCUUUACCCUUCUGACUUUCUCGUCUCUCUCCUUUGUUGUGUGUCUCUCUUGCUUGUCUCUCUCUCCUUUUAACUUGUCUCUCUUGUUGCCCCUCUUUCCUUUCACUCGUCUGUCUCCUCCCUUCUUGUCUCUCUUUCUCUCCGCCCCAACGUCUGUCUCUCUCCCUUGUUGUCUUGCUCUCUGUCCACUCGUUCGUCCGCCUGCAGACUGUAAGUACUAAAAAUCCUGCUUUGCUUCAGCCUCUAAUCUUUUAAGAGCUCUCACCAGACCUUAUGCAGAUAUUUCACAUUAUUAGAGCCAAAGAGCAGAACCUGCAGUAUUGUUCAGUUGGAGCCAAAGGUCAAAGCCUGAUUUCGCAGGACAACAAAUCCCUUGUUUUUGUUUGGUUUUAGUGUUGAUUAAUACACAUAAUUAAUAAUUUCUUUAUUAUGUGACUGAAAAAUAAAAAUACAGAUAAACAAAAUAUUUUAAAAUAUUAAAACAGGAAAAGAAACAAUGGGAUUCUCUGACCUGCUGGAAGAGGUGGGCGGGUUUGGCAGGUACCAGUGGAUCCAUGUGACCCUGCUUACUUUGCCUUCCUUGCUGAUGGCAAGUCAGAACCUGCUGAACAACUUUGUGUCUGGAGUUCCUGCCCACCACUGCACCCUACCAGUCAAUUAUAGUGUCCAACACCAUACUCAUCUGUCCCACCUGCAGGUGGAUGAGAAACAACUGUUAAAGGUUUUUAUCCCAUUGGACUCUUCAGGAAAUAGACUGGACCGCUGCAGGAGGUAUGUGGAGCCUCAGUGGCAGCUCUUAGCUGCUAAUAGCUCAGUUAACGUGAGCCAGGUGCAAACUGAAGGAUGCUUGGAUGGUUGGACAUUUGAUAACUCUGAGUUUCUGGUCACAACUGUCUCUGAGUGGGAGCUGGUCUGUUCUCGACGAUCUCUAAAACAGAUGAUCCAGACGAUUUAUAUGGGUGGAGUUUUAACAGGCGCCAUCAUCUACGGUGGGCUGUCAGACAGGUUUGGACGACGGUCUGUGCUUAUUUGGUCAUACCUGCAGGUGGCUGCACUGGGUUGCAGCUCUGCCUUCUCUCCAUCAUACAGCGUCUACUGUGUUUUAAGAUUCCUGAAUGGGAUGGCAGUGUCUGGGAUCAUUCUGAACAGCGUCUCUCUGAAGGUGGAGUGGAUCCCAACCAAGUCAAGGACAUUAGUGGGCACGCUCGGGUCUUUCUUUUUCACCUUUGGUCAAAUGGUACUUGUGGGGCUUGCCUAUUGGCUGAGGGACUGGAGAAAGCUGCAGGUGGUCGUCUGUGCACCACAGUUCCUGUUCUUCGCCUACAGCUGGUGGUACUCUGAGUCAGCUCGUUGGUUGGUGCUGAACCGUCGGUCGAAGGAAGCAUUAAAAAGCCUUCACCGAGUCGCACGAAUCAACAGGAAACCAGAGAUGAUCGAUAAGUUGACACUGGAGGUUCUGCACUGUCAUAUGAACAAAGAGUUGGAAUCAUCCAAAGCAUCAUUUACAGCUUACGACCUUCUGAAGACGAGAGCGAUGCGACGCAUCUCUGUCUGUCUGAUUGCCGUCUGGUUCUCCACCAGUUUUGCAUACUAUGGUUUGGCAAUGGAUCUGCAGAAAUUUGGGGUAAGCAUCUAUUUGAUGCAGGUCAUCUUUGGAGCUAUAGACUUUCCUGCCAAACUGCUGGCUUUUGCUGUGCUCAGUUACCUGGGGAGGAGGGUCUGUCAAGCCGGCUGCCUCUUCCUGUCGGCACUCGUCAUCUUUGCUAACAUCUUUGUCUCUACAGAGAUGCAGACCAUCAGGACCACAUUGGCGUGUCUUGGUAAAGGUUUCACCUCAGCCUCCUUCACCACUGUGUAUCUGUUCACCGGAGAGCUCUACCCCACUGUUAUCAGACAGACAGGAAUGGGCUUUGUGUCCACAAUGGCAAGGAUUGGCAGCAUGGCGGCUCCAGCUAUACUCAUCCUGGACGAGGUGCUUCCUGCUCUGCCCAGUUUGGUGUACGGAGGAGCGGCGGCAUUAGCCGGCCUGUUUGCCUGCUUCUUGCCAGAGACACUAAAUGUUGCAUUGCCUGACACCGUCAAGGAUGUGGAGGAUAAAUGGUCCAGUAGAAGUCCCACCUCUCAACACACUGAGGGCGUGUUGUCAGAACAGGGUGUGGCCUCUGCUAGAAAUUACAUGGUCUCCCCAGAGGACAUACCUUUGAAAGAACUUAAGGAAAGGGCUGAGACAGGCCUUGACGCACUUUGAUCCAUGAGUUGCUGCCACAUCAGAAUGUAAACACCAGUAGGAAUUUAAAUUAAGAAUUUAAAUCAAGAAAAAUCAAACAGGGUUAUUUUUUUUAGACACAUAAGUGCAUAGAUCAACAGUAUUUUCUCAGGUUUUUAUAAUGUUACAACACAAAAGACAUCUAAAAUUGAAACACAUUAGAAAUAUCAAAAAACAGUUUCACAGCUUCUGUGAAAGAAAAGCUGGAAUUUAACUAAAGUCUGGACCCAUAUCUCCUCACUGAUCAAUUCAAUUUAAAAGAUGAAAUAGCAGGAGAGUGUCACAAAUGAUAAAAUCCUAUUAGAUGCACAAAAUUGGACUUUUUGCAAUAGUUAAUAUAUUUAGGGUAAAGGUUAUCUCAAAUGUGUGUGUUGAUUUUUGUUGAUUAUUUUAACCAAUAAACAUGAUUGUAACAAUAA